AUGGCUGCCAGCUUCGCGCGCGCAGGCCUCGUUACCGCAGAUUCGUCUUCAACCAUCGGCAGCAUGGUUUCCCAAUCACCCGCCGACGGCACCCCGGGCCACUCUGAUGCCGGCUCGGGCACCGGCACUCCCAACUCUUCUCCUCCCGCCUCCAGACCUCGCAGCCCUGAGCUGAAGAACGCGACGACGAGCUCUGCCGACCUCGAGCCUCUUCCUCCCAUGGACGUCAAGAACAUCUGCUUCGUUGGUGCUGGUUUCGUUGGUGGCCCAACUGCUGCUCUGGUAGCUCUCCACAACCCCGACCUGACUGUCAAUGUCGUCGACCUCAACUCCGACCGCAUUGCUGCGUGGAACUCUCCUCACCUUCCCAUACACGAGGCCGGCCUCCCAAAAAUUGUUCGCAUUGCCCGCGAUGGCACCAACGAGACGACCGCCUUCCUCCCCGCCAUUGGCAAGUCCCUCAAGCUCGGCUCCCGCAAGCCCAAUCUUGUUUUCACCACCGACGUUCAGCGCUGCAUUGGUGAGGCCGACAUUGUCCUCAUUUGCGUCAACACGCCUACCAAGACCUAUGGUCUCGGAGCUGGCUACACCGCCGAUCUGAGCGCUCUCGAGGGUGCCAGCGAGACCGUGGCCAAGUACGCUAGACCCGGCGCUGUUAUUGUCGAGAAGAGCACCGUUCCUACGGGAACUGCCCGCAUGAUCAAGGAGAUUAUGGCCCAAUACCAGCCCGAUGCCGAAUUCGAGAUUGUCUCCAACCCCGAGUUCCUUGCCGAGGGAACGGCCGUUCGCGACCUCAUGCACCCCGACCGCAUGCUCAUCGGCAGCUCUACGACUCCUGCUGGCAUUCGUGCUGCCAACGCUCUGAAGGGCGUCUACGCUUCCUGGGUCCCCGAGUCCAAGAUUCUGACCGUGAACACCUGGUCCAGCGAGCUGACGAAGCUGGUUGCCAACGCCAUGCUGGCUCAGCGUAUCAGCAGCAUCAACAGCAUCAGCGCCCUUUGCGAAGAGCUUGGUGCCGAUGUCUCGGAGAUCAGCCAGGGUAUUGGCGCUGACUCUCGCCUGGGCAAGAAGUUCCUCCACGCUGGUGUCGGUUUUGGUGGCUCUUGCUUUGAGAAGGAUAUCCUCAACUUGACCUACAUGGCUCGCACUCUUCACUUGGACACCGUUGCCGACUACUGGAUGGGCGUCCUUGAUAUCAACAAGUACCAGCGUGAGCGCUUCGCUCAGAAGGUCCACCGGGCUCUGAACGGCAACCUCCGCGGCAAGAAGGUCGCCAUUCUUGGUUUCGCUUUCAAGGAGAACACCAACGACACCCGCAACAGCAUUGCUGUCCACAUUAUUGCGGAGCUCGCCCACGAGAUGCCCAGCGAGAUCGCCAUCUUCGACCCCGGUUGUGACCCCGUCGAGGUCAUGGAUGAGGUUCGCCACUCUAUCAAGGACCAGCGCGUUCUGGAUCGCGUCAAGGUCCGUUCCACGUGGCGCGAGACUGUCCACGGCUCCAGUGCCAUGUGCAUUCUGACCCCUUGGUACCACUUCCGCUACCCCAAGAAGGCCCAGGCUUCUGCUCGCCGCUCUUCCAUGUGGAGCAGCAACGAGGCUUCCAAGGAGGAGGCUGCUACCUUCAUCAAGGAGGCGCCCUUGUCUGAGAUGGACGUCGUCGAGCUUGAGAAGUUCGUCUCUCGCGGAGCCUCGCACACACCGGUCGACCCCCUCAAGCGCAUGAAGCCCGAGAACGCCUGCCCUGAAAACUGCAAGGGCUGCAACUUUGACGCCGCGAGCGAAGACCUCGGCGACCCGAUCGACUGGGAGUGGACCGCCUCUGUCAUGAAGCGCCCUCGCCUUGUGCUUGACGGACGUAACGUCGUCUCCGGACCCGAGCUUGAGAAGCUGGGCUUCACAGUACAGGGCAUCGGCAAGGGACUCGUCAUCUGA